AUGGGCGGGGAGUUCCUGAGCAGCACGCUCUCGGCCCCGGGCUCCGCGUCGCCCGCGCCCUCCGCCCUCACGCUGGAGCAGAAGGCGGCCUUCGUCUUCGUCCUGCUCCUCUUCCUCCUGCUGGGCCUGCUCAUCGUGCGCUGCUUCCGGAUCCUUCUGGACCCCUAUCGUAGCAUGCCCUCCUCCACCUGGACCGACUACAUGGAGAAGGACACCUUCGACUACCGCAUCGCGUGAGCCGGGGGGCCUGGGGGCCUGGGCGUAGGCGGCUGCCGCGCCGCCUGAAGGACCCUUCAUGUUAACCACGUAGGUGGCUAUCGCUCUGCCUGAAGGACCAUUCAUGUUAACCACGUAGGUGGCUAUCGCUCUGCCUGAAGGGCCCUUCAUGUUAACCACGUAGGUGGCUAUCGCUCUGCCUGAAGGACCCUUCAUGUUAACCACGUAGGUGGCUAUCGCUCUGCCUGAAGGGGGAUGGGCGAUGUUGCCUGAAGGACCCCUUAGGCAGGCGAAGCAGGUGGCUACUACACUGCCUGGUCGGAGGGAACUGGUGGCGAGUGGGUUGUGGGUUAAAUGUUGUUCCGGUGAAUUCUGUAACCGCAGCACUGCCUGAGAGAUGC